CCUCCGGUCUGAGUUCGGUGCCCCUGGUCUUAGGCCCGUCGAGUCGUGGGUUGAGCGAGACACGCUCGCUUUUGCGGCUAGGCCCGUCAUCGAGUGGCUGGAGCUGGAGUCCGGGCCCACUAACCUACAGUACGACCUCACUGGACGUACCCAGCCUGUCGGCUGACUCGCCCAGCCGUGUCAUCAUCAAUCGGGAGGUGGAACCCACCCGGGCCGAAGGUCUGUGCGAGUUGGAGCGUCUCAUUCACGGGAUGAGUAUCAAUAUUCAACGGAGCGGUCGGGUGUUGCCGAUAGAUUUCACACUGGCCUUGCACUCCAUGAAGCGUCUCGAGUCUUGUACCGCCAAUCAAGCGCUGACCUUGUUGCGGGCCUGCGGACAACUCAUGCCGGAUGAACGGCCCGAGGAUCGGGUUCAAUUAACAUUGGGGUUGUGGGAGUUGCUGGAAACUUUGAAGGUCCCGUUGGAUACGAGUCACUACAAUGCUCUACUCAAGUCGCACAUGGAGAACGAGCAUAAAGUGGCACCCAUGGAGUUUGUCACGUGGAUGGAGGGUCAGGGUGCUGAGCCCAACCGCGUGACCUACCAACAGUUGAUCGCUUGCUUUUGCGAGCACGGUCAGGUCAACGAGGCACUCAGUAUUCUCGAGCUCAUGAAGACCAAGCAGUUCCCCAUCAAUGAGGAGGUCUUCGUGGCCCUCAUAAAAGGCCACUGUAAAUCCGGCGACUUUGUCUCGGCUCAAUCCACCAUUCAGAUCAUGAGCCAGUCCGGUCUGGACUUGGGCUCCCAAGGCAAAUUGGCGUAUUUAGUGGGCAUGGUGGAGGCGGGUCAGCCUUGGAGCGAGGUUAAGGCGUAUUGGGACUCGGCGGAUGGCACCCAAUGCGAGGACGUGGCUAACUUUGACGAUCACGACGUUUUUCAAAUUGUGAUAGCCUUAGUCAAACAAAACGAAAUCCAAGGGGCCCAAGAGGCUCUCCAACGACUGCCACGAAAAUCAGGAUUCUUCCAAGAAGUCCGCAACGUCGUGCCCCGUUUAGUGAACUUGGGUCAGGCUGACAUGGCCUUUGAGUUGUUCACGAGCUUCAAGUUGCCACCCAAGGCCAUUCCUAACAACCAGGCGGCCGCUUCCCGUGACCACGGCAUGUUUCUCAUCCGAGCAUUGGUCAAACAAGAGUGCCCCAUCCCCAAGCUUAAAGAAAUCCUACAGGUCAUGUCUAAUGACAUCAACGACGAGUGUUGUGCACGUGUGCUUGAAGUUUGCGUGGAUUUGAACAAAAUUGAAUACGGGCAAUCGGCUCGAGACAUGAUUGUGGAAGAGUUUGGUAACGAGGCUCUCAGUGCCAAGCACUUUGCCCUGUUCACACGUCGUAUGGUUGAGCGCAUGGAGACCAAGGACGAUGUCAUGCAUUUCUUGUCCAAACUCGGGAAAUUGGGCAUUGCUUUAGACAUGAGCACGGUAUCCAACCAAUUGUUGAAGAAAAUCUUACAAAGCGGACGUGUGAGUGAGACGAUUGAAGAGCUUCGCCAAGUUCUUCAGAACCGAUAUGGAUACACAUGGUUAUGCAAUAGUGCCCUACAAUACCUCUUGAAUCAACACACAGAAAACAAUCUGGCACGUGCUGCCGAGUUUAUGGUGUUCCGAUGUCCCAAAGGCAUCUCGCCUAUUUUGUGGAACGCCUCGUUAGCCCGGGCCUACUUGACCACGGAUAAUUUGCAUCAUUUUGUGGCCAUCUACUCUCAGUGCUUUGUAAUGAAUAUCUUGAGUUUCCAUGCCGCUAAAGAUGAAAUGGCUGCACCCAGGCAAUUAAUGAACCUGCAGAUGACUUUGAUUCAUCUUCAUAGCCUCGCCCCACGGUUCUCCCCGGAUUCCCCACCUGACGAGGUAUUGGGUAAAGUCUUGGAUAAGUUGCUUGAAAAUCAUUUGGGUCUCUUCGGAGAAGGUGCUGACCAGUUGAAAAAUAAUGUUUCCGAUCCCGUUGUGUUGAAGAAGGUAGAAACCCUCAUUGAAAUGGGCGAGGAUGCCGAAUAUUGGACUCCAGAGCGAGUGGCAGACAUGCAAAGAAAAAAUCGCAGUCUGUUUAGUCAAAGUGCCAAGCGAAGCCCCACGGAUAAAUCGUACCUACAUAAUCAGAAAGUCAGAAUUGAACAACUGGAAAGUGAAGUUUCAAAAUCCGUCGAUUCUGGAGAUCCUAAAACCUCCGCCAUGUUUGCACUUUGCACCAAAUAUAACGAGUUAUUGAUGCCAGACAAAACCGUUAAAUUAUGUCAAGAGCACAUCACCGACUUCAAGCCUAAUAGCUCCUUGGUGAGGAACACCAUUCUCACAUGCUUGCAGAAGAGCCAAGUUUCUCAAGCAGCAGAGUUUGUCUUGUUUCUCAAUGAAAAUGACGUGAAGGUAUACAAAACCAGCAUUUUGGAUGUGAUCAAGGAACUCAUCAAGACCGGCAAAGAUCAAGCACUUAUUUUGAAUCUCGUCCGCAUUCUACCCAAUCAUAUGUACGAACUCAGCACGCCCUAUUACUUGAAACUGAUCGACUGCCUUCAAGCGUACAAUCCCGUGGAGCAAUGUGACCAGAUUGACGAAUUCGUUAAUGCCGCCCUCGAAUCCAAAGAACACGACAAAUUAAAACUAGGAUCCCUCAUUCAUCAGAAUAAACUUCCGGAAGCGGUGGAGCUCUUUGAGAAGGUCGUCGCGGAAGAGCGAAAAGUAGUCUUGAAACGGUUGCUCAUUCGUAAGCUGGUCGAGGAGGAAAGCUUAGAACUGCUCCAGCGCGUGGUCGAUGCCAGUAUCAAAAUCAUUGGCGAAGAAAACUCCAUCUAUGACUUAGCCAUGGACUUCCUCGUGAUGGGUAAAUACUCGCAAGCCAGGAAGCUCUUGGAAUCCCCUGGGCUGCGUUAUAAUAGCAGAAAAGCUCAAUACAUCUGCAUUCAAUUUGUAAAUGAUCAGAACUCUGAAGCGAUGGAGAAAUUCGUUCUCUUGACACGUGACUUGUUUGCUUGCGAUCGGAACUACUUGUACGACAAGUUGUUAGACGUCAUGAGCUGUCAGCCCAAGAAAAUCAACGAUGUUUGGCUCAUGAUGCAAGAAGAAGGACAUGUGCCGACGAUUGCGUUCAAAAUCAAAAUGGCAAGUUUGCUGAAAAAGCAUGGCGAACCAGUGCCUUUUGAGGAACCCCAGCCCAGACAAACCACUCCUUCAAUGGCGCAAACUCUUUCAAAAGAAGACCUGAGCAGUAGCUCCAGUAGCUCGAGUAGCGAUGAAGAGGAGGAGGAGGAGGAGCAAGAAGACACUCGCAAAACGGCAGAGAAAACCACCAAGAUCUAGAUGAGAACCCCACAUGUUUCAUGCGAGCCUCUGCAAUGUACUACAUGAAUAAUAUGUUAAAAUUCUUUCUCUAAAUUUGAUAGAAAAUCGGGACCUCUCUCGCUUGUGACUGUUUGAGAUGACUCUUGUCCUUUUUCUUCCAG